GAGCCGCCCGCGCCCCCACCGCGGGGCUUCCAGGUUGGUGGACAAUUUUUGUGUUUGCGAAGGGUACAGUGUGCCUCGCUGCCUCAUGUAUGAGAUUUACAUGGACACCUGUGGGCAAAAUGCCCAGAACCAAGUCAAUCCAGCCACAUUUGGGAAGUGUGAAAAUCAUUCACUGAUAACAGACCCAAUUGGAUUGCCUUUGUCUGAAUUCAGGAUAUGUUUAUUCUGAGAGCAAAGACUGGCAAAGAAAAACUCCUAUAGAAUGAUGGCCUUUCUUGCUGAUGAAUACUGCAACUACUGUCAAGACAUUUUACAAAGCGUGGAGGACUUGCUUACUUCCUUCUGGAAAUCUCUGCCGCAAGACACAGUUGUGUUCAUGUCAUUGCCUGAAGUGUGCCAGCUUUUUAAAUGCUAUGAUGUCCAGAUGUACAAGGGAAUUGAGGAUGUCCUCCUUAAUGAUUUUCUGGAGGAUGUUUCUAUUCAGUACCUGAAAGCUGUCCGGUUAUUCAGUAAGAAGUUUAAGCUGUGGCUACUGAAUGCCUUGGAAGGUUUUCCAGCCCCCUUACAGAUCUCCAAACUCAAAGAAGUUACUGUGUUUGUGAAAAGACUAAGAAGAAAGACAUACCUUUCCAACAUGGCAAAGACUAUGAGAAUGGUUUUGGAAAAUAACAGGAGCGUCAACACUCUGAAGUCAGACCUGCUGGCCAUCGUGAAGGUUCCUAAGAAAGCCCAGCCAGGCACCCCGAGCAGCAUGGACAACCCAGAAAGCGCAGAGAUGAAAUGUUUAAGCAGUUUAAUUUCUUUGCUGGGGACAUCGACAGACCUCCACGUAUUCCUGAAUUGUCUGUCUUCAAAUCUCCAAACAUUUGUCUUCCAGCCGAGCAGAAGCAGAGAGGAGUUCGUGCGGCUGGCUGCCGGCUUCCAGCUGAACUGGAACUUCGCCCUCACGGCCGUGAGCAGGGCCAUGACCCUGCGCCACAGAGACAGCUUCGGGUCCUGGCAUCUGUUUCACCUGCUGCUUUUGGAAUACGUUACUCAUAUUCUGCAGUCAUACCUAGAAGAGGAAGCGGAGGAAAACGGCGGGGGAGAGUUCAAGGGGAUGCCUCCAGAGCACCAGGCUCCUGUCCAGCCAGACCAGGCCCCUUGCCAACCUCCAGAUUCUUCACCCUCUCAGGAACGUGAAAGCCCGAGCGCAGAUCCCCCCCGGGCGAUGCUGGAACACGUGAGCCAGAGCCAGUGUCAGUGUCCCGUGGGAGUGAGCUGCGUGCUCCUCAGGGUCCUGGGCUUCCUGGUGGACACUGCCACGGGCAAUAAGCUCGUCAAGGUAUUGUUGGAAGACAAGGCCACCGAAAGCACCGUCAAGUUCAGCCUCCCUGUGGGACAAGAGGCCCUCGUCACCCUAAAAAAUGGACAGAAGUUUGUGAUUCACAUAUCAGAUGUACCCCAAAGCUCUGAAAAUAGUCAUUUCAGGGAAAGCAGUGCUAAUAAGUAA